GAUUCAGUACAGGUGUGUAUUGCAGAACCUCAUUUCGUUGUAUGGCACGUUGUCAACAUCACUUCAACUGGUAUCUGAGACCCAGCAGAUGCCUUAUAUCCAGGGGUUUACCUUCCCUUCUGACAUCAGUAACUUCCUUGGAGUUAAUGUUUCUUCUGAGGUGAAAAAGCAAAAGGCUAGAAUGCUUAAAACAAAAAAACCUACCAGCUGGAUGAAGAAGCUCUUCCCAACAAUGCCAGAGGCAGUGUCAGAGGUGGGGAAAAAGAGAAAUUUUGCGACCUGCAUGAGUGCUGUGAAAAUCUGUAGCAUCCCAUGCCCUGCAGACAUCGGAGAGCCAGUUCUGGUGACCAGAGCCAGCAGAGGGAAGCACCUGGGGUUUGAUGUGAAGAGCUUACUUAAACCAUCUAGACCUCUAACACAAGAGGGUAUAAGCAUUGCAUCAACACCUUUUAAAGCAAAGUCGGCAUCACCUUCCUCUCGUAUAGCAAAACUGCAGCAUACUGGAUCUCUUGUACAGAUGGUCCAAACAGCUACAUCAUUUGGGGAGCUGUCAGAGGCACUCAGAAAAGCGAUUCUGUGGUGCAAAGGUAACAAAUUCAAAUCAGAAGCUUAUUUUCUGCGUAACAAGUUGUUGAAAAGCAACCGGUUGCACCACGUGGAGGCUCAAGGAUGCAGCUUGAAGAAGAAACUGUGCUGUGUCAAAACAUCUGUCCGUAAAUACCUCCUAUACGGGUCACAAAAUAGAUGCUGGCCAAAGCAGUACCUCAGGGCACGGUUCUGUCGAAGGAGGAUCAAACCAUCUACACGCUUGAAGAGAACUCUGAGGACUGUUCAGCAAAAACCUUCUGAGCUUUUUGGGGUCUGUGAGGACAGUGCUUCAUCCAUCCUCCCACCUUACCAGGAUGGGCCUCCGAGUCAGGAAGGAUGUUCCAAUGCUGAUACAGCCUCUGUCAAACUAAGCACAGGGGGGACCCCUAAUUGUCUGCUGCUGGAAGGAAGCCCUGGCCCUACGUGGAAAGAAGCUACUGAGAACAUGGAUAUUGAUUCUAUUUUUGCAGUAAUGGGUGUCUGA